GUUUCAUGGUUUGCAAAAGGACUACAAAAUGGACUUUAAUAUUUAUUCUGCUCUUGUUUCACACGUAGUCCCCAGCAGGAGCAGCACUAAGGCAGUGCAGACUAAAGACAGGGCGCCCAGUCUGGAUUUCCCCACUCCUCCCCCUGCCAUCACUGAUGCCAAUGGGUACAGUGAACAGGCACCUGAUGAGUAUCUAUCGCUCAAGCAGGAGUUUGCCGGUGUUGACAGACAGGUGGAGACAGAGGACCGACAUCUAAAGUGGGAACAGCAGAAGACAAGCAACAAAGAAAUAGAAGGAAACAAGGAGAAGGAGCUGGUGAAGGAGAACGAUAAAGAGCUGCAAAAAGAGGAGAAGCUGCAACUGAACCAGGAGCUAAACUUGCUUGAGGAGAAGGCAAAACAACUAAGAGAAGAGGAGAAAAAAGAGAAACAGGACAGGAAGAGGAUGAGUUCCCUGUUACGCCAGGAGGAAGAGAACAACAGGAAGCGUGGCCAUGUCCAGGAAGAGGUGGACAGGUGGAACCACGGGGCGCUGUCCAAUCGGCAAACGGCAGAGGAAGCACGUCGCACAAAAGAACUGCUGCUGGCUAAGAUGCGUGAAAUAGACCGCCAAGAGCACGGAUCCCAGGAUGCCAUUUUUGCUGAGUCUAUUCCUUCUGAGUCCAAUAAGACCACCAGUAACCACGCUUCUCCUCGUCUUCCUGAGCAGAGAAACUCUUCCGUUUUUAACCUCACAGAACCAGAAGAGUCGGCCGGUUUCCGUGCUGGAGGCGGGGACAGUGGAAGGAGGAGAUCAGGCAUGGAGGGUGGAACUGCCACAGCAGGAGUGGGAAGGAGAGCACUGCGGACACAAAUCUCCGGUGACGACCUGGCAUUCGGGAGCUACGCGCCUUCAUUCGGGAAUUCAGCUUCUCGAGGUUCUUCCGGCUUCCCUCCCCCUCCACCGAAACAGGACAGGGACUCGUCGUUAGAGGCGAUAGGUGUUUUUAGCCUCAGAGGGGUGGAGACGGAGAAAGAAAAGGACACGGACGGUGGAGCGGAGAAGGACAGGAAGGCUAGCCUCAUGCAGCAACUAUUCGGAGCUCUGGCAACACCUCUGGGUGACAGUGUGAGCACAUACAAUAAGCUGGAGGUCCUCAAAAAUCCUCCAACUACCAACGGGGUGCGUAAAAGGGACGGACUACUCAGCUUCAACUCAGGGUCUUCUACUCCUCCAGCAUCCUCCCUCAACACCAUCCACGUGGCAGACAGCAGGCCCGCCAUCCAUGCCAUCACCUCAUUUGAUGAUGACAUUGAGGAACUUACUUUAUGAAAAUAAUUUAGAUUUUAGGUAGUCCGGCUCAUAAAAGGCCAUCACUGAUGUCUAAAGUCACAAGAUGAGUCAAAAAUAUAAGAUAUACAGUAUAAUAGGGCGUCUUUGGCUCAGAUGGUAGAUGGUUGUCCAAUAUCGGAAGGUCGAUGGUUCAAUCCCCAGGCUCUGCAGUCAACAUAAAUGCAGUCCAUUCACAAUAAACAUUGUCCUUAAAUGUAAGUCUUACCACUAUUUAUUUCACAACAAAAAUGUCCACAUCAUCAGCAGAACCAAAUAUAAAACAAAAAAAUACUUUUUCUACAGAUUUUCUUAAAUAUUUUCCAACAAUAUAAAUGAAAAAUUACAUAACUUGUGUGAAUAUUUUUAUGUAGAACAUUUAUGGUUAAAUGAGGUGUUGAUGAAACUGGUAAUACAGGGUUUUUGACCUUUUGAUGUUCAGCUUGUAAAUGUUGUGGACAGAGACUUGUUUCACUCCUGUUGUUCACUAAAAUAUUUAACAGAUGUGUGAUUCAUUAUUGGAUAUUAGCCCUGGAAAAGAGAUCUUCCAGUACUGUUAGUCCAGGGUUGCUGAUAUGAUUGUUUGGUUUGGACAUUUAUUUUAUGUUUAGGCUAUGUCAUUUUGAUUUAUUUUACAGUCCAUACCAUAAGAAUCUAGCACUAAGCAAUAUGACAAUCAUUGUAUGAUAAGACAUUCUUCCUGAAUGUCUGACAUCUAUAUAAAACAGGUUAUUUUUACAAAUGUAUGAACAACUUUCUGCAGGUUUGUAACUACCAAUAUAAUCACGAUAUUGAUUAAAAGUAAUAUUACAGGGAACACUUAAAUGACCCGAACUACAUGUUGCUGCCCUGUUAUCAAAGGAUGGAAAUAUAUUAGUAUAGGCUCAAUGAAUGCUUCUGUAGUUGUGUGGGAAAUGAAAUCAAUCAAUUAAAUGUUGUGUUUGGACCAUAGACUGUAUAUAUAAAGGUUUGGACAAAGAAAAACUAACAAAUAUAUUAUCUUGACUUGAAGAUAUUGUAAAACAGUAACCAUUAAUGUUCAUUAAAACACUAUCGCUUAGGGCCAGUCCCCUGCACUCGGUCUCAUGUGAUGGCAGACAAUCAGCACUAAAGCAAACCAGGAGAAAUUACAUGCUAUAUUGAAGUUAUAUUGAAAAAAAAAUACUUUAUUUAUAUCUAUAUUUAUUGAUGUGUUGUUAUAGGCUGAAAUUAUACCUUACAACUCUGAAUGUGGCACACAAAGGUGCAUCAGUAAGCUUUACAAUUAAUAGUUUUUGAUUCAAAUGUCCCAUUAAACAAUUUUGAAAAGGUUUUUGUACCUUUUUGUGGCAAAUUUGGUUAGAGAACUUUCGUGAUGGGUGCAACUUGUAACAGUUAAAACAAACGUUGUAGUCUGUAUUUAAUUGUCGAUUUUUUUCACAUUUUGUACUUGUCAAAUUGUUGUUUGUUUUAAAAAGUGUAUUUG